CAAUUAUAUAACGCUUCCCCGCUGCGGGCAGCGGAGCCGCUGCUGAAGCGAUGGCGAUGAUGUCUCAAGGGUCGAUUUCAGAGGACAAGGCCUAUGGGCACUCUGCCAGGGCGCAGAAAUGGCUCGAUCAGCUGUGCCAAGUGGAGUCUCGCAUGCUAAGCAAUUGGGAGGAGUUCUCGGUGCAUCGCAGCGAUGUGCAACACAGCUUGCGCGAACUCACCGAAGCCGUCCGCCGGAAGCAGGAGCCACAUCUGGAAGGCGAGGUGGAGAAAUGCCAUCGACGCUUGCAGGAGCUCUCUCAAAGCAACGAGGAGGUGAUGUGCCGCCUGGGCGAUCUCAAAGCCACCGUAGAGAACGGACAGCAGUCCUUGGAAGGUUUGCGGUCACGCGUCUCCGUGAAGCUGCAAGAGAUUGCUGCUUCCUUUGAGGAGCAGAAGAAAGAGCUUUCGAGCGUCUCUCAAGAGCUGCUGGCGGAGAGUGCCACUGCAAAGCGGCAAAGCAAAGCAGUGGCGGAGGAGCUUCUCAGAAAGAUGGCCGAGCUCAAUCAAAAGCUUGGGGAGAACAUGGCCUCCGUGGAAGAGGAGUCAGUCUCGCGCUUCGAGGGUCUUCGAGAAGAAGUUCAAGGCCUUGCGAACAGACAGGCCAAAAAGUUCGAGGCCCAACUGGAGGAGAAGUGGCGCACGCUUCGCACGGAAAUGCGCUCGCAGCUGGACGAAGUGGCGGAAACCACGCGCGCCGAGCUGGCGCGCGUGAAAGGGCUUCAGGACUGCACGCACGAAAAGGUCCGGUUCGAAGCAGUGGCAGGUCGCGAGAGUGCCCAACGAAUCGAAGCACAGCUACAAGAGCUGCGCGCAGAGCGUUUGGAAAUGGAGGCACAAGGCAUGCAGAACGCUGAAUGGCUGAAACAAGAGAUUGCCAAGGUCAAGAAGGAUUUGGAAGAGAAAAUGGCCAGAAAGGCGUGAAAGAUGUGAAGCUUCAUUCGACCACGUUGCAUUGACUAUUCCAGCUAUUUUGCCCCCAGGAUGGUGAAAAGCUCGAAAGCGAGCUGAAAAAGUUGAUUGAACAAGUCCAAGAGGACAGUCUCAACUUCCAGUUCCAGUCAUUGCAACGCAAGCGAGACCGCGCCAAAGAAUUAAUCAAACAAAAGAAGUACGAAGAAGCAGAACACCUUCAAAAAGAAGUGUGGCAGCUGAACCUGAAGUUCAAGGAGGACGACUGGUUGAGAAUAGAGGCUGAGCACCAGUACGCGAGCACACUUAUGUUGCAGCGGAAGUUUACAGAGGCACUACAUCAUCAACAGAAAGUCGUGGAAGCGGCAGAAGACAAAUUCAAGGA